UGGUGUUGCCUCCCUGUCGCUGCAGUGCAUUGCUGCUCGCUCGCCCUCUCUCUCUCUCUCUCUCUCUCUCUCUUCCUUCCUCGCUUUUGUACCUCGCCUCUUCCUCCUUCUCACCCGUCUCUUCCACAUCCCUCUCAUCCUCCUCCCUGCGGAUGCCUUGCACCCCCGCCCCAGCAUCCCGGCAAAUGGUUGUUCCAUCCCCGGCAACUCUGGACGCAGGACGCAGCGAAAAGGCUCACAGCUCCGUUCUGAUUUGAGCACACUGCGGAUUGACUUGAAAGAGGGGCGGACCAGGGACAGUAGGGAAACGAGGAGACGCCUGACAGUGGCCAGGAUCUCAUUUCGCCAUGCCAGUGCCGGAUCAGCCUGCAGAGCAGGAGAAGGGGGCCAUGGUUCCCCCUGUGAUGCCAUCCUCCAAUGGAGACAGAUCUGAGACAGAGACAACCUCCUCUAUCCUUGCCUCUGUCAAAGAGCAGGAGCUUCAGUUUGAGCGUCUGACCAGGGAACUUGAGGCUGAGCGUCAGAUUGUUGCCACCCAGCUGGAGAGAUGCAAGCUGGGAUCAGAAGCAGGCAGCAUGAGCAGCAUUAGUUCUUCAGAUGAGCAAUUUCGCUGGAACUCUCAAGCUGAUGGACAGAAAGAUAUUGAGGAUGAGUUGACAACAGGUCUGGAGUUGGUGGAUUCCUGCAUUCGCUCCCUUCAGGAAUCAGGAAUACUAGACAGUGGAGAACGACCGGCUCUUCUUUCCCAGAGUUCCUUGCAGCUCAACUCCACCCCGGAGGCUUCGCUCCAGUACUCUGCCAGCUACCAUAGCAACCAGACCCUCGCCCUAAGCGACAGCAUCUCUGCAGCAACUCCUCAGCGCAGCGGGCAAGUUGGAGGAGCUGUGCACAGCUACAACCAGGUGACAUCAAGCCGUGCAGCCCAGCAGCAACAAUCACAAACUGGGCCGGGGUCAGGUAUCUACUACUCCAGUGCCACCUUACCUGCCCAGGGUUCCCCUCUGUCAGGAGGGGGAGGCUCAGGGUCCGGUUCCCCCAGUAAACUUCAACGUCUGGGAUCAGCCUCUGAUGCACAAGGAUACGCUACCACUCAGCGGCUGCCUUCCUCUUCUUCCUCCUCUCCCAAACAGUCUCCUGCUAAUCGAUUGGCCAAAUCAUACAGCACCACAGUUGCUGUGACAACAGCAGGAGGGGGCGGUUCCCCCCUGAGGGUGGCAUCUCCACCUAAUUCCACAGCAGGAGGGGGAGGGGCCAGCUCCACAUCUUCCCCUCUUCACCAGAUGAGUUCAGGCAUAGGGAGCUAUGCAACUCUGUCUCCCAAACGACUGGCAGCUCAUCACGCUUCUGACCAGUACAAGAUCUCCCACGAACUCUACGCUACUGCUACACUGCAGAGACCUGGAAGUCUGGCAGGUUCUCGUGGCUCCUACAGUAGUCAGCAUAGUCAAGAGCCCCUUCGGCCUCUGGGGUCCCCAGAGCACCACAUAGAUCCGAUCUAUGAAGAACGUGUCUAUCACAACAAGGGCCCCAUGAGAAGCCUUAGCCAGAGCCAGGGCCCAGACUCAGGGCCCUACCGCAACAACACAGACCUGACCAUGCGUAUCCAUGAUCAGGUCCGUGACCUAAGUUAUGUCCUCUGUCCCUACUUUCCUGCCAUAGCACCCUCCUCCCCUGGUGUCGACUCCGCCCCUUUGCAGCGCACUGGAAGUCACGGCACAGGAACAGGAAACUACAACCGCGGCGGGACCAACAACUAUGCCACAGUGGGGCCAGGCUACACCUCGAGUGGUGGUAGCGGAGAUGUAUAUGGUUCAGAUCCCUAUGUGGCUGACCCCUACCGUACCCUGCAGUACUGCCCUUCAGUGGUGGAAUCACCCUACAGCAAGUCAGGACCAGCUCUGCCGCCCGAAGGCAGCCUGCAGCGUUCACCUUCUAUUGACUCUAUUCAAAAAGAUCCAAGAGAGUUUGGGUGGAGAGAUCCAGAGUUGCCAGAGGUGAUCCAGAUGUUACAGCACCAGUUCCCAUCGGUGCAGUCCAAUGCUGCAGCCUACCUACAGCAUCUCUGUUUUGGAGACAACAAAAUCAAAGCUGAGAUCCGUAGACAGGGAGGCAUCCAGCUGCUCGUUGAUCUACUGGACCACAGGAUGAGUGAGGUCCAUCGCAGCGCCUGCGGAGCCUUGAGAAACCUGGUGUAUGGCAAGGCCAAUGAUGAGAACAAAGUAACCCUGAAGAACUGCGGGGGGAUUCCUGCCUUGGUCCGCCUGCUGAGGAAGACCGGAGAUGUGGAAAUCAGAGAGCUAGUCACAGGUGUGCUUUGGAACCUGUCAUCAUGUGAUGCACUGAAGAUGCCAAUCAUCCAGGAUGCCUUGGCCGUUCUGACCAAUAGUGUCAUCAUACCCCACUCUAACUGGGACUCCUCCCCAAAUCACCAUGAUGACCGCAAGCUCCACAUCCAUACAUCCCAGGUGCUGCGCAAUGCUACAGGCUGUCUCAGGAACGUAAGCUCAGCAGGUGAGGAGGCGAGACGAAGGAUGAGGGAGUGUGAUGGGCUGACAGAUGCUCUGCUCUACGUUAUCCAGACCUCUCUGGGCAGCAAUGAGAUCGACAGCAAGACUGUGGAGAACUGUGUUUGCAUCCUGAGGAACCUGUCAUACCGACUGGCUGCUGAGACAUCUCAUGGUCAGCAAGGGGGGUUGGAAGAGCUGGAUGGCCUGCUUUGUGAUGCCAAUGGUCGCGAUGGAGAGAGCUCCGGUUGCUGGGGCAAGAAGAAGAAGAAAAAGAAGGGAGCUGACCAGUGGGAUGGCGUGGGCCCCUUUCCCGACACGGCGGAGCCCCCCAAAGGAGUUCAGAUGCUGUGGCACCCCACCAUCGUCAAGCCCUACCUCACCCUGCUGUCUGAAUGCUCCAAUCCUGACACUCUAGAGGGUGCAGCUGGGGCUCUGCAGAACCUGGCUGCAGGCAGCUGGAAGUGGUCAGUGUACAUCCGUGCUGCUGUCCGUAAGGAGAAAGGCCUUCCCAUCCUAGUGGAAUUAUUGAGGAUAGACAAUGACAAAGUCGUGUGCGCUGUCGCCACUGCUCUCAGAAAUAUGGCUUUGGACAUCAGGAACAAGGAGCUCAUUGGUAAAUAUGCAAUGAGAGAUUUGAUCCAUCGGUUACCAGGCAGCAGCAGCAGCAACAAUAAUGCAACCAGCAGUGGGACCUCUGGAACCACAGGCCCUCCCAGCAAGGCCAUGUCAGAUGACACAGUGACUGCCAUCUGUUGCGCACUGCAUGAAGUCAUCACCAAAAACAUGGAAAACGCAAAAGCUCUACGUGAUGCCGGUGGCAUCGAAAAACUCAUUGGCAUUGCCCGCAGCAAAGGAGACAAACACUCAGCAAAGGUGGUAAAGGCAGCUUCUCAAGUCCUCAGCAGUAUGUGGCAGUACAGAGACCUGCGCUCUCUCUACAAGAAGGAUGGCUACUCCCAGUAUCACUUUGUGGGCUCUGCCUCAACAAUAGAAAGAGACCGGCAGAGGCCCUAUUCUUCCUCGCGAACUCCGGUCUCUCCUGUCAGGACAUCUCCAAAUAACCUUCUGGUGAGAAACCCCGAGCGCCCCAGCCUCCCCAGAGAGAUGAUGAGUCUGAAGGAACGCAAGAUGGACUACGAUUCCACGGCAACCAACGCCGGUUUCCAUAGCAACAAAGGAGAGCACACAUCCCGGAAAGACGGCAUGGCAGUUCAAAUUUCCUGUGGGACAUCUACACUGUUCCGAAACUCUUACCUGACUGCCAGCGAUGAUAUCAAGCAAAACCAGCCUCAGCCACCGCAGCCUCCACCUCACAGCCAGAGCCGGAGCUUUGACGAGGCCUACUACGAGGACCAAGGACCACCGCCACCUCCGCCACCCCAGCCACAGCCACCGAUCCAGGCUCGCCAGCCUCAGGCCCACACCCAGCAACCUCCAAUCUCCACCGGACCACCCAGGGACCCGCGGGAAGAUCUGCGCAUGCAUCUGGGCCUCAAAUCAACCGGCAACUACGUAGACUUCUACUCGGCCUCUCGGCCAUACAGCGAACUAAACUACGAGACCAGCCACUAUCCGGCCUCACCUGACUCCUGGGUCUAGUUAGACUACAGUGUUGGGGGGCAAGAAAGAGUCUGUGUGUGCUUGUG